AGUCUUAGUCGGCGCAGGGUUCUGUGUGGCGUGCAAAAAAAUGUGGCGGAGUAGCUGGUAAACAAUAAAAAUUAAUAAAAUUGUUUAGAAAAAUGUCUUCAAAAAUUGUUAUUAAUAAACGUGUUAAAGGUUUACCGCGAGAAGAGUUGGAAAAAUUAUCAAAAAAUGAUUUAAUUGAUAAAAUUAUACAGCUAGAAGCAUAUAAUUUUCAACUCAAAAAUAUUUUAAAUAAAAAACUUAAUGCUGAUGGUGGCGGUAAUGAAACUGAACAAAAUGAGGAGCUUCUAAAGGAGUUAAAUGAACUGCAGACUAUGCAACCCAAUCAAGCAAAUAGAUUAGCAAGUGUUAAUAAAAAAGACUUGGAGGAGGAUGUGGCUGGUGAUAAAAAAUCGAAAAAACGACAAUUUGAUUUCAGCAAAUGUGCCAAACGUCAUGUUUUAAUGAAAUUUUUAUAUUUUGGCUGGGAUUACCAAGGUUUUGCCUGUCAGGAAGAUUCUAAUGCUACUAUUGAACAUCAUCUUUUCAAAGCCUUGACGCGCUGCUGUCUCAUUGAAUCCCGUGCCACUUCCAACUAUCACCGUUGUGGCCGUACCGACAAAGAGGUUAGUGCCUUUUGUCAGGUAAUUUCCAUUGAUUUACGCAGUAAAUUUCCAGAAGAUAAACAGUUCGAAGAGGAAAGUUUGCGUAACGAAAUAGAUUAUUGUGGCUUAUUAAAUCGUAUAUUGCCAAAAAAUAUACAAUGCAUAGCCUGGAUGCCUUUAAAAACUCCGGUGUAUAGUGCCAGAUUUGAUUGUGUCGCUAGGACCUAUAGAUAUUUUUUCCCCAAAGGUGAUUUGAAUAUUGAGUCUAUGCAAAAAGCUUGUUUAUUACUGCAAAGACAUGCAGAUUUCCGCAAUUUUUGUAAAAUGGAUGUUCACAAUGGUGUUACCAACUAUAUGCGUAACUUGCAAUCAGCUAGCAUUCAUCUAUGUCCUAAUGAAUCGGAAAAACAGCAGACCGGUUAUAAUAUGUAUUAUUUACAAAUUAAAGCAAAUGCAUUUUUAUGGCAUCAAAUACGCUGCAUAAUGGCAGUCUUAAUAUUAAUCGGCCAAGAAAAAGAGGAUCCUGAGGUUAUAACAGAACUAUUGGAUGUGGAAAAGAAUCCUUGUAAACCCCAAUAUACUCCCGCCAUUGGUUUACCUUUAAAUCUAUUCAAUUGUGAAUUUCGUAAAAAAACAUGUCGUAAAACCAAUGAAGAAUUGAUGGCUGAAGAAGAGGAUAUAAUAGAUUCCUCUCCUGUGCAUGAAGAUUCUUCAGAAGAAGAAUCAGAUAUUACCAAAUGGAUUUAUAAUGAGGAAAACUUGCAAAAACUUAUAGAGAAUAUACAAAGUGAAUGGUCUCAAUUUAGCAUAAAAGCCACCAUGAUACGUACUGUUUUAUUUGAAUUGGAAAAUACUUUACAAAAAGAAUUCCAACCUCAGGAUAUUAAAACGCAAGUUUUACUACUGCAAGAUUGUGUUAAACCGCGACAAUAUCAAAAGCUAUUAAAUCGCAAAAGAUGCGAAAGUUUAGAAAAUCGCAUAGAUCAUUUUGUUAAAAAACAACGUUUAAUUUUACAAACCGACCAUCCAUCAAAUAAAUAAUUCAUUUAACCAACAAUCCCG